AUGGCAUCAUUGAAGCAACCUGCAGUUUUUCUUACUCAUGGAGCUGGUCCUUGUUGGUUUGUGGAUGGUAAAGAUUUUCCACACUUUGCUGACAUCGAUAAAAAUAGCGCCGGUGCAAAAUGGUUUCGACAAUUACCUCAUCAACUCGGUCAAAAUGAACAAAAUAAACCAAAAGCAAUUCUCUUAGUUACUGCUCAUUGGGAAACCAAUGGUGUUGUUAAUAUUAGUGCACAAAGUCAACAUACAGAUUUAUUUUAUGAUUAUGGGGGUUUUCCUAAAGAGACAUAUGAAAUAAAAUUUCAACCAAAAGGUGACCUUGAAUUAUCUCAACAAGUUCUCGACUUAUUACAAAAGUCAGGUAUUAAUGGUGUGUUAAAUUCCAAACGAAAUUUUGAUCACGGUGUGUUUAUUCCAUUGAAAUUGAUGUAUCCAAAUGCUGAUAUUCCUGUUGUUAGUGUGUCCAUUCUCAAUACAUAUUCACCUGAACAGCAUGUUGCUAUAGGCAAAGCUCUAUCACCUUUAAGAGAACAAGGUGUAUUGAUAAUUGGUUCUGGAUCAAUCACUCAUGGACGAGCUUCUGGCAAACAAAGCGAUGCGUUUGUCGAUGCAAUCACAAAUUCUUUACAGACAUUGUCAGAAAAGGAAAGACAGGAUGCAUUGAUCAAUUGGACUAAAUUACCUUACGCACGAGAAAAUCAUGGCCGCGAAGAUCAUUUAAUUCCUUUACAUGUGAUUGUAGGGGCUGCUGGUCAAGAUAAAUGUCAAAUAUUAAAUCCACAUUUAUCAAAGUCAUUAGCAGCAUACUCAUUUUCAUAA